AUGCUGAUUUCCAGUGUCACCGCACUGACUGCGGUCUGUCUGGCCUUGCCACUGGCGAUCGUGUCCGCCAAGAAAUCUGACCUAAAUGGCUGGUACCCGUGCUCGGACAACACGUUUUCCGACAUGGGGAGCUCGACUGGCGGUGUUGCUGAGUGCGCGAUCUACAGAGCACCUUUAUGCUACCCUGGAAUCUGUGAAACCCCGCCAUCGGUGGACUCGACUGUCGAUAUCUUUGUCAAGCAGUUCCCAGCUACGUUCGAAGACCCUGCUAUUGCGACGAAUGUGUGGUUUGUCCAAGGUGGUCCAGGUGACUCGUCGAGCUCACUGGAAUCGACCAUGACCUAUCUACACUAUUUACUCGAAGGAAAAGCUAACAUUAUCACGAUGGACCAUCGUGGUACGGGCCGCAGCACGCUUCUGGACUGUGUGACAGCUCAAGCUACUACUACUGGCUCUCCUUUUGGCAGCGAGAUUGACCCGUCCGAAGUCGCUGCGUGUGCGCAGGAUCUCAAGUACAAGUACGGUGACCUGUCUUCGUUUUCCAUGACGACGGCUGCCACUGACAUUGCGACGUUCAUCUCCGAGUAUACGAACGGCAAAAGCACUAUUGUCUACGGCGUUAGUUACGGAACGGCGCUGGUAGAACGUCUGAUGCACUUGAAGACUCCGACGGUAAUCGGGUAUGUCCUGGACAGUAUUUUGACGACCUCUGCAGCACCAGAUGACAAGUUUCCGUACGUUUCGACCAUCGACCGCAGUGCCGGGGAGGUGGGCGACGCGUUCCUUGAUCUGUGCAUCGACGACGACGAGUGCAGUCGAUACUUUAAGGCUGGCAGUCUUUCUGCUUCCCUACGUCAUCUGGUUGAGAAGUUUGACAAGGAACCGAACUCGACCUGCGCCCAGCUGGUAAGCACACAAGGGGCCCAGACUGGCAACACACCAUCAUCGUCGCUUCGUGGCUCCCUGGGCGGGAUGCUAGCUGAUCCAACGUGGCGAGCGUUCAUUCCACCGUUGAUCUACAGACUGACUCACUGUACGAAAGGAGAUCGCCUCGUCUUGAUGCAACUCUUCGCAAGUCUCGAAUCGUUUGCAUAUACGAGCAGACAGGACAACGCGUAUGCGUCGACUCUUUUAUACGAUCUAAUUGUCUUCUCCGAAUUGUGGGAAACGCCCGCACCGUCUUUUCAAGUGCUGAAGAAACGUACGAAAGACGCGACAAUGUACGCGGGUUUUAACACGGGGACGUACAAGGUGAAUGAGUUGUACUGCGCUUAUUCCAAGGAGAAGUCUCCGACUUGUGACGGACUUGAACUGGACAACAAUGGCUCAAGUGCCAUCAUCUACGAGCGCGACCGAUAUUGGAACAAGACUGCCGUCAUUCCAAGGCAUGCCAGUGUGUUGCUAAUGAGUAGCAAACUGGAUCUUCAGACUCCUUACAAGUACGCUGAGGCUUUGUUCGAAGGGCUGGUGGGUUCCAACAAAGAACUAGUUACUUUCGAGUAUGCUACCCAUUGCGCCAUCGUAUCGACCCCGUUUGGCGAGUCCGGAGAAAUUUGCGGAAUGAAUUUGUUGGUGUCGUACGUGAAGAAUCGUGGAAACCUCGAUCGUCUUGACAAGUCGUGCUUGGACAAGAUGCCAGCGCUGAAUUUGACGAUACCGACAGACGUUCGAACGGAAUACUUGGGUACACAGGAUGUGUAUAACGGCAAAACGACAAGAGCUGGAACCCCUCGUUCUACAAAGUAUGACGGUAGCGUUCCCCAUCGAUAG